AUGUCAAUCGAUGUAUUCCAGGAACGUGAUCCGAUUGCGGCAUACCAAGUCAUGGUCCAGGCCCAGGAAGGAUUCACAGAUAGAGAGCUCCAGGAUGCACUCAACGGAACAGGCGAGCUUAUACACACCUGCGUCACGUUGGAGGGAGACGGGGUGGGAGAUCCGGUUAUCUGGAUCGUUGUAAGGGCGUACCUCUGGUCAUUCUGGCAGCGUGCGAGGUUGCUGUACCUCAGUUGCUUUCUCUUGCAGUCCAUGAACCGAGGAUUUGACCAUGAUUCCGAGAGCGCCUACUGGAGUAGGAACUUCCAGGUUUCUCCUGGCCUGUCACUGCGGGCAUUCACCGAAGAGACUGCGGCGCUGAAGAAGCGACCCAACAUGUGUGGAUGGAUGUUUGAGCUUCUUCGUGGCGACCCAAAAUGCACCGGCCUGGACUUCGACCUCCUUCAUCAUCGCUUCAGCGAGGCCUUCAGAGACAAGACACCCCGGUGUCGCGCCGAUCGGGAGGCAGCUUGCUCCGGUAAUACUUGGCGAGAUUGCCUUCGUUUCGACCGUACAGAGUCAGCAAACCAGACGGCGCACGAUCAGACAACACAACACACUCCUGACAAUGAAGAAAGACUCGUAUGGAAUGAAACAUCAUACCUCAGUGUUGACGGCGCUCGGGCUGUCUCUAUUGAGCUUACUGAUCAAGAGUUGAAGUAUUGCGAAGCAUCAAAUCGAACCAUGGCUAUAUCGCAUGUUUGGAGCCAUGGUCAGGGCGGCCGUCCAGACGUCGGCAUCCACAGAUGUCUUCAUGAUCGAUACGUGAGGCUAGCCAAAUCUCUCGGAUGCGACAGCUACUGGAUCGAUUCGGCGUGCAUUCCUUCUGAUGAUGAGCUGAGGCGAGAAGCCAUUCGCUACAUCAAUGAUGUCUUCUACAAAAGCAAGUGCGUCUUGGUUUGCGACAAGGAUGUUAUGGAUCUUGACGCAAGUGACCUGACGACAGCACGCCAAGAAAGCCUCGUAGCAGCUGUCCUGUUCUGUGACUGGAACAUUAGGGCGUGGACUAUGCUCGAAGCUCUGAAGGGUCGUGGUCAUAUCAGUAUUCUGUGCAAGGAUAAUCGCAUCAUCGAAUUUGGAGAUGUCCUGAGGCACGUGUGCGAUUACGGCCGGAUCGAUCUCGCAGUAUUCUCUCUCCUGCUCCCGCACACUAUUCCGUGGCGGAAGGAAGGCAUGCAGAAGCUCAAGUCAGAUGUCUUUGCCAAUGACAUACACCUGGAGAUUGUGGGUUCCUGGCUGAGUCACAGGCCUGCGAGUCGCAAGUAUGAUGACGUUGUCAUCUGGAGUUUGUGUUUGGGCCAGCAAAGCCAGAGAGCGAGGCACCCGGAUCAAUUGUGGGAGAAGCAAAGCCAAAUCCGUACGGGUUUCCUGAUGUCCAGCGCCCCAAGACUGUCGACACCCGGCAGGAGCUGGGCUCCCAGCACAACGUUCGCUUUUUCCGACGACGUGAAUGAGAAUGUCAAGGGCGUCCACCGUCCCUUUGACAGCAGUUUCACAGCCAUCGCCACAGUUGAACCGGAGGGGAUUUGGGCCAGGUGGUGGGUGCACGAAAUCGAACAAGGCCGUCUAUCCAAGCUGCUGGGUUACUACAAAGACAGCGUCGCGACAGAAGGAGAGCGUAGAACGAGGCGAGAACUGGGUCAUGUCCGCAAGGUGCUCAAUCUUCACGGCCGUUACCUUGCCCUAUUGAGGCCGAUGUACCUCAGCGUUGGCACUCGUUUUGACGGUGUCCAACAAACACAGAGCUACGCGAAGUCAGGCGUUUUGCUAGCUGUGUGUGAGUCUGAAAAGAAGGAGGAGAAGGCAGAGCCAGGCAACUAUCGGUUGAGAAACACGCCGUCGUGGAAGUGGAUCUGGCGAGGUGUCUAUGAGUGGCCAUCUGAUGUUGACCUACCAGAGUUCACUUUGCACCAUGGGCUGUGGAUUGCCUAA